CUGUGGAGUCUGAAAGCUGGAUUUCGGUUUCUUCCUUCAGCCGAGAGCUUUCUUAGAAAGCGGGAUUUCGCUAUGGACGAUCUUGAUGCAUUGUUGGCAGACCUGGAAUCAACCACAUCCCAUAUCUCAAAACGACCGGUCUUCUUGCCAGAUGAGACCCCGUACUCGAUCCCAACUGGAGGUCACUCCUUCCCGGAUGGGUUGGCUCCUCCCCCACCUUCAGCUGAAACUCUAAAUGGUUCCCUGAUCGAGCCACUUGACUCGCACCACUCCUCUCAACAGUCCUUAGGAUCAGCACAGAAGAACUCAUGGUCUGGAGAGAGUAGCAGCUCUCCACUGUCCCACACAGAAGAGGACCACGUGUACAGUUUUCCAAACAAACAGAAACCCUCAGAUUUGACAGCAUCAGCUUUGGGCAGCAACCUUUCGGAGCUCGACAGGCUGCUGCUGGAACUCAAUGCAGUGCAGCAAAGCUCCCCUUCUUUCCCCACUACAGAGGAGAUGGCUCCACCUUUACCAUCCUGCAGUAUCACACACUAUGAGAAUGACAGUGGUCCUGACGUCGUGGUAAGCCGUGCCCCUCAGGACAAACCUAAGAGGAAUGAAACCAGGCUGGAUGAGACUCGGCCCACUGUGGAGACUUUACUGGAUGAGCUGGAGGGACCCGUGCCUUCACUCAGCCCCUCUGAUCACCACACUGAUCUGGACACACCAUCUCAACAGCAAACCAGAAUUUCAGCCUCGUGUGCCACAAGGGAGCUUGAUGAGCUCAUGGCCUCUUUGUCUGACUUUAAGAUUAUGGCCCAAGGGAAAGGAGGGGUCCCCGGUGGCCCACCAACACAGGUCAACAAGCUGGACAACAUGCUUGGAAGCCUCCAGUCUGACCUCAACAAACUGGGUGUGCAGACAGUGGCCAAAGGAGUUUGCGGCGCUUGCUGUAAGCCAAUUGUUGGACAGGUGGUGACGGCUAUGGGUCGCACGUGGCACCCUGAACACUUUGUUUGCACACACUGUCAGGAGGAGAUCGGCACCAGGAACUUCUUUGAGCGUGAAGGACAGCCCUACUGUGAGAAAGACUACCACCACCUGUUCUCUCCGCGAUGCUACUACUGCAACGGACCCAUACUGGAUAAAGUGGUGACAGCGUUGGACAGAACGUGGCAUCCUGAACAUUUCUUCUGUGCUCAGUGUGGAUCCUUCUUUGGCCCAGAGGGUUUCCAUGAAAAGGAUGGAAAGGCUUACUGCAGGAAGGAUUACUUUGACAUGUUUGCACCAAAAUGUGGUGGCUGUGCCAGAGCCAUCCUGGAGAACUACAUCUCUGCGCUCAGCUGCCUUUGGCAUCCCGAGUGUUUUGUCUGCAGGGAAUGCUUCACCCCGUUUGUGAAUGGAAGUUUCUUUGAGCAUGAAGGCCAACCCUACUGUGAAGUGCACUACCACGAGCGGCGCGGCUCCCUCUGCUCCGGCUGUCAGAAACCCAUCACGGGCCGCUGCAUCACCGCCAUGUCCAAGAAGUUCCACCCGGAGCACUUUGUCUGUGCCUUCUGUCUCAAACAGCUGAACAAAGGCACCUUCAAAGAGCAAAACGACAAACCGUAUUGUCACGGCUGCUUUCUGAAGCUGUUCAGUUAGGCAGAAGCAUGUGUCGCAUACACAGCGCAGUGAUUCAUGGAGGGUCAGAGGGUCAGAGUCUGAAAGCCUUUACACACCAGGAGCAACUGAGUCUGUGUUCACAGCAAACACAACAAAUCCAGGAAAUAACAUCCAAGCAGGUUGACUCACAUCAGCUGGACUUGUUGAAAAUGUUUCAUCCAGAAGAGCUUCAUCACUUGUAGCUGGAGAGACUCAGAUAUUUAUUCUCUGAGGGGUCACUGAUGAGUCAUCUGUCGCCGGAGGUCACUUGUGUUCGGGGUCAUUGGAGUUAGACCAGAUGAUUACAAACAUGAUUAUAUCUUAAGAAAUCUGUACUGUCGUCUUUUAACAAAUUCAGUAAAUAUUUAAAGCUUACAUUUGAUGAAAUUAUGAUUAGAUUAUAAAUUUAAAUUUCCAACAGUAUACAAAAAAAAACCAUAAAAAUUGUA